AAAAAGUAAAAAUAAAGAUAAAGAUAAAAAAAAUUAACAGGGCCACGAAGUGUCAAAUAAUUUGGUCCAUGUCCCAGUCAAAGCAACAGCCUCUGUGAUGUCACCCGUGUCUCACUUGAGUUCUGUAACUCGGAGGAGGACGACCUCUCAUAAACCCUAAUAAGCACCUUCCGUAAUAAUAGUAGGCUUCUUAAUUCCUCGCGAUCGGCCGGUCGAUCGAUCGUUCCUCUCGCCUGCCGCCGCCAUACCCACGCCCCGCCCCGGCCGGCGCCAUGUCGAGCGACGACGAGGAGUGCUUCUACGACUACGAGGAGGAGGAGGAGGAGGAGGAGGAGCCGGGCUGGGACGACGGCGGCGGCGGCGACACCAUGCUGGUCGAGGAGGAAGCGGCGUUGCCGGAGCGCCCCGUCGAUUGCUGGGCCAUUACAGAAGAGUCUCUUCCGGCUGCACAGCAACAAGACCUGUCCAUGGUGAUGAACCUGCUCUACAUAAAGCAGCACCAAGCUCGCGCCCUCCUCAUCCACCACCGCUGGAAGAUGGAAUCCAUCCUGGACCACUUCGACAGGAAGGGCCGAGACCGCAUGCUCAGGGAGACCGGCGUCGUGAUCCAGCAGCAGGCGGAGGAGAAGAACGGUGGCGGCAUGGCCAUGGCGGCGUCGCCGUCGCCGCCGCCGCGCCCCAGAAGCAGCGUGACCUGCUACGUGUGCUUCGAGGAUGUCUCAUCGGACGCUGUCUCCACCAUGGAUUGCGGACACUGCUUCUGCAAUGACUGUUGGACGGAGCACUUCUUCGCGUGCGUGAACGGCGGGCAGAAGCAGAUCCGGUGCAUGGCGGUCGGGUGCGCGGCCGUCUGCGACGAGGACGUGGCGCAGCGCCUCCUCGGCGGCAGGUACCCCGGCGCGGCGCGGCGGCUGCGCGGCGCCCUCCUCGCGUCGUACGUGGAGGACAACGCGGCGGCGCGGUGGUGCCCCAGCGCGCCGCACUGCGGGCGCGCCGUCCGCGUGGACGGCGGCGGCGGGCGGUGGUGCUGCGAGGUGUCGUGCCCGUGCGGCGCCAGCUUCUGCUUCGGCUGCGCCGCGCCGGCGCACUCGCCGUGCCCGUGCGCCAUGUGGGAGCGCUGGGAGGCCAAGUGCCGCGGCGAAUCCAUGAACGUGGACUGGAUCCUCGCCAACACCAAGAGCUGCCCCAAGUGCUCCAAGCCCAUCGAGAAGAACGGCGGCUGCAACCAUGUCCGCUGCAAGUGCGGCCAGUGUCUCUGCUGGCUGUGCGGCGCGGCCACCGGGCUGGCGCACAACUGGACCAGCAUCGACGGGCACAGCUGCAACCGCUACGACGACGCGGCGGAGAAGAGGAAGGUGGACGGCGCGAGGCGCAAGGUGCUCCGGUACGCGCACUACUACGAGCGGUACAAGGCCCACGGCGACUCGCGCAGGGCGGAGGCGGAGAAGCUGGGCCCGGCCAUCGAGGCGCGGGCUCGGCGGCUGCGCGAGGACCCCGACCCGGCCACGGCGCCGGCCAGCGGCGACGCCGCCGAGGCGCUCGCCGCCGCGCACCGCGCGCUGCUCGCCUCCCGCGACGUCCUCUCGCGGUCCUACGCCUUCGCCUACCACAUGUUCGGCGGCGAGGAGCGGACGUUGAAAGCGGCGGCGCCGGAGUCGGAGGUGGCGACGGCGCAGGCGCUGUUCGAGGACCACCAGGAGAUGGCGGAGAGGCACGUGGAGAAGCUGUCGGGGCUGCUGGCGGCGGACGCGCCUCCGGCGCCGGCCACGGCGGGGGACGCGGCCCUGCGGCGGGCGAAGCAGGACGCCGUGGCGCUCACCGCCGUGGUGGAGAAGCACUGCGGCGAGAUGCACAAGUGCAUCCAGGACGAGCUGCUGCCCAUGCUCGUGGAGCCCAUGUCCAUCGCCGCCUACCGCCGCGACGGCCCUAUCAAGGCCAAGGACUUUCCAACCUGUGGUGGCGCGUCGUGAAUUGAAAAGUUUCAGGGUGUUUGGUUUAUAGCCACACUUUAUCACAUCAUACUUGUGGCUGUCACAGUUUGUUAGGUAUGUGUCUGGUGUACUACUACAGUUGUGACUUGCCACACUUUUUCAGUAGCAUGUCCCACACUUUUUCAGUAGCAUGUCCCAAAUGUCAUAGACUUAAUUUUCUUGCUAACUUUGCUAUACUUUGUGACUAGCAAUUUGUCCAUCACUUUUUUUUGGCUGCCAUAAUUUACCUAAUGUUAGUUGUGGUAAAGUGUGGCCGACAACCAAACACACCCGUUCCCAACUAUGUUAUGCUUACUAAUAAUGAUUUUUUAAUUUGGAGCACAUAGAUUUCUUUUUCCCGAUUUC